AUGGUCGACUCGGUUGCACGCUGGCUCGAGGACCAUGCUUCAAAACCUCCUGUGGCCCCAGACACGCUGCAUCCAGCCGAUGAAUUCCCCCUCGCGACCUUCUCGAACCCCCCUUCCUUAUCCGGCUCUGAGUUCGACAGCGACGGCGACGGCGACGGCGACACUUUGCACGUCCCUCGCACGAACAUCGCAUCCCUGAUCCGCCCUCCUACCCCCAAUAUUAUGGAGGACCAGCCGGCUGCCAACCACGCCCGACGACGCUCCUCCUCUCUCGCCGGCGCCUCAGGAUCUACAAAGAAAGAUUCGCGGAAGCACCGGAGACGCCGGUCCGACAACAUCCUCGAAGAGGGCGAGGACAAGUCGUCUGACAGCGAGCACUCUGACUCGUCGGAGAAGACGGAGAGCGACGACUUUGAGCUUGACGACAUGAGCGGAGACGGCCUCGAAGACGACGAGGAGACGGGAUUAACGGGGAGGGACAGGCGGCGGAGAAGGCGGAGGAAGAGGAGGAACACAUUGCUCGACCAGCGUGUCGUCCAGGACGUCAAGUUCACAAAGGAAGAAGAGAAAGUCGCAAAUCAGGACUUCCUCAGGUCUAUGCUCAUCAAUACCCUGCUGAUUGGGCUAUGGUAUCUCUUUUCUAUCUCGAUUUCCGUUUACAACAAGUGGAUGUUCAAGGAAGAUAAAGGCGACGGAGAGGCGGAGAACAUCUUCCCAUUCCCGCUGUUUACGACCUGUCUGCAUAUGAUUGUACAGUUUUCGCUCGCAUCUCUAGUGCUGUUCUUGAUACCCUCGUUCCGACCUCGACACGAUUCUCUCAACCCUCAUGCUCCUCGCGCCGAGCCGAUAGACCCGAAGAAGCCACUCAUGACAAGGUGGUUUUACCUGAGCCGCAUCGGUCCCUGCGGAGUUGCGACUGGCAUGGACAUUGGGCUGGGCAACACCAGCUUGAAGUUCAUUUCCUUGACAUUCUUCACUAUGUGCAAAUCUUCCGCUCUCGGCUUCGUUCUUCUGUUCGCAUUCCUUUUCCGAUUAGAACAACCCUCUUGGCGGCUUGUUGGCAUAAUCGCCAUCAUGACAGUGGGCGUCAUCAUGAUGGUCGCUGGCGAGGCCGCCUUCGACGCUCUAGGCUUCAUCCUCGUCAUGUCUUCGGCUUGCUCCUCCGGUUUCCGCUGGUCCCUGACCCAGAUACUGCUCCUCCGCAACCCGGCUACUGCGAAUCCCUUCUCAUCAAUCUUCUUCUUGGCUCCGGUCAUGUUCCUCAGCCUGUUCGUCCUGGCUGUCCCCGUCGAAGGAUUCCCUGCUCUGAUUGACGGUCUGACAAGAUUAUUCGAGAUGAAAGGCACACUUCUUGGAAUCGGCAUCCUACUUUUCCCUGGAUGCCUCGCGUUCUUGAUGACCUCUUCUGAAUUCGCUCUGUUGAAGCGAACAAGCGUCGUCACGCUCAGUAUUUGCGGGAUCUUCAAAGAAGUCGUUACCAUCACGACAGCGAACCUUGUUUUCCACGACCCGCUUACACCCAUCAACCUCACCGGUCUCGUUGUGACAAUUGGCAGCAUUGCUGCCUACAACUACAUGAAAAUCAAGAAAAUGCGGGAUGACGCGAGGAUGAAUGCGCGUAUAGCGGCACAGGACGAAUACGCUCCGAUAAGCACCCGGGAUCCGGAUGUUGAUAGAGGAGGCAGCACACAGACGACUGGAGCGAGCACAAGAGGGUUAAUGCGGGACAACUUAACCCUCGCGCCCGGUGUGGCUGUAGACAGGCCUGCCAUCGACAGUCCAACAAGGGCAUCGCCAGUCAAGAGGCCAGAGGACUUAGAAUAG